GCGUUGUCAAUCAAGCGCUUGACCCUGUCUGUGAGCUCAGCCUUCUUCCCAACAAUGGCAGCAGCAGAGAGUUCCUCUGCUAGAUCGAGUAGUAGUUCGGCCGCGGAUUCAUACAUAGGGAGCUUGAUCAGCUUGACCUCCAAGAGCGAGAUCAGAUACGAGGGCGUCCUCUACAACAUCAACACCCAAGAGUCCAGUAUUGGUCUCCAAAACGUGAGAUCUUUCGGAACAGAAGGAAGGAAGAAAGAUGGCCCGCAGAUCCCUCCCAGUGACAAAGUCUAUGAUUACAUAUUGUUCCGUGGAAGUGACAUCAAGGAUUUGCAGGUUAAGUCAUCGCCGCCUGCUCAGCCUACACCCAUUCCCUCGAUAAACAAUGACCCAGCUAUCAUACAGUCUCAUUACCCUCGCCCGGUUCCCACAUCCACCGCUCUCCCUUCCACAGCAAGUGUUCCGGCAGCAGAUUUUGGAUCCAAUACUGCUCAAACGGGACCAGCACCAAACUUUCAAAGUGGUCUUCCUUUAUACCAACCAGGAGGCAAUAUGGGGCCAUGGGGAAUCUCACCUCUUCCUCCUCCAACAGCAAACCCUGGAGGGCUAGCCAUGCCAAUGUACUGGCAAGGAUACUAUGGAGCACCAACUGGGAUUGCACAGAUGCAGCAGCAGCCACUGCUCCGGCCUCCACCUGGGCUCUCAAUCCCUCCUUUACAGCAGCCGAUUCAGCAUCUUAGUGGCACUUUGCCUGCUGGAGCUUCAAACUUGCCUGAGACAUCAAACUCUUUGCUCUCGAUGAGUAGUACCUUACUUCCUGUGACCUCUACUACCUUGACAUCAACAACUCUACCCCCCGUUUCGUUGCACAUGCUACCUUUUGAAACAUUGUCUAGUACCUUGCCCAGUGGUAGAGCCCCCGUAUCUGUGCUCCCUUCAACAACUGCUGCUACUACCUUGACUGUUGGUAUUACUAAAGAUAAUAGCACAGUGUUGCCCCGUGAAUCUGCGCUUCAGUCUGCUCCUCUUGUGGGCACACUAAAUUCUGUUCAGACAGAAAAUCCAGCACCGAAUCUGACACCUUCACUAGUGACUCCAGAUCAGCUGUUGCAACCAGGACCGACUAAUAUUUCAUUGUCUCAGUCUUUACAAAUUGCUCAGAAGGAUGUGGAGGUUGUUCAAGUUUCGUCACCAGCAUCACCACCACUACCACCGGAACAAUCAGCACCUGUUGCAGGAGAAGCUCAGCCUCCAAUAUUGCCCUUACCACCUCCUGCAAGGACUGAUCAUGAGCAAAAUGGAUCUCAUUUCCAACAUCGUUAUGGAUAUAGAGGUCGUGGAAGAGGAAGAGGAAGAGGAUCUUGGAGUUCCAGGCCCGUAACAACUUAUUCUGAGGAUUUCGAUUUCACGGCAAUGAAUGAAAAAUUUAACAAGGAUGAAGUGUGGGGCCACCUUGGUAAAAACAGCAGAACUCACUCAAGGGAUGAAGCAGAUGCCAAUGUGGCAGAUGAGGAAGAUUUUCAUUAUGAAGAUGAAGCUGAAGCAUCAAAAAUUGAAGUCAAGCCUGUCUACAACAAAGAUGACUUCUUUGAUUCGCUUUCCUGUGAUGCACGUGAUCGCAAUUCGCGAGGUGGAAGGACUAGAUUCUCCGAGCAGCGGAGGAUGGACACGGAGACAUUUGGUGAAUUCUCAAGGUACCGAGGUGGCCGAGGAGGCCGUGGGCCUGGCUACCAUGGGAGUUUCCGUGGCCGUGGGUCUUACAAUGUGAGAGGAUAUGGCUAUAACCCGAGGGGCCGAGGAAGGGCUAUUUACACCUCUGCAUCUUAGUAUGCUUCUUUGCCGAGUUCUUCAUCGUCCUUUCAAAAGCUGAAUGCUUCUAAACUGUAUUAGUUCUAUGUUGAUUGUCACAGCGGUGAUUUGUGCUUGUUUCUUGUUCGACUUUCUAAAGAGGGAAAGGAGCAGAUAAAUGUUAUUUCCUUUUCUUGAACCGAGCCGUUGCUCUUAUUCGAGCAUUCUCUUUGUUCCUCAAUAGAUGUUGAAUAGCAGGUUUCUGCUCCUCCCUGAAUCAUAUAGCUGUUCAGAUUACAAAUUGAUGAACAAAAAAUUCUGUA